CCAUCCCGGAGAACCAGAGCAUCCUCUACUUAUACUUCAGUUGCAUACUCUUAUCUAUUUGGCACUGGUCAACACUUCUCCGUCAUGUCGUCGCCGGAGGAGUCCUCUUCGGAGUCGUCCGCUACGAUGACCGAGAACGAGCGUGACGUCGAGUCACAAAAACCCAGCAGUCACUUGUCUUACUUUCAGCGCCAAUUCGAACUGUCCGGCAUAUCUCCCGCGGUCUUGGCGUGGAAGUAUAGGGGCGAAGGAACCGUUGAAGAGCCGUUCGUAGUCGACUUCCUUCCCGAUGAUCCUAAGAACCCGAUGAAGUUUUCGGAGGCGAAAAAAUGGGGUAUCACUGCCAUGCAGGCCAUCGCUGUGCUUGCUGUCACCUUCGUUUCUACGGCCUAUACGGGGGGUAUCAGUGAGGUUAUUAAAGAAUUCCACAUCAGCGAAGAAGUAGCAAUCUUGGGUGUCUCCCUAUUUGUCAUUGGCUUUGCCAUAGGACCGUUGAUAUGGGCACCACUGUCGGAAAUGUAUGGCAGACAGAUACUAUUCUUCUUUACGUAUAUGGGCCUAACGGCAUUUAAUGCCGGUGCGGCGGGAUCGCCAAAUAUCCAGACGCUUAUCAUCCUCCGCUUCUUUGCCGGAACGAUUGGAAGUUCUCCCUUAACUAACUCUGGCGGUGUCAUCGCCGAUAUGUUCCCCGCUACCAAACGAGGGUUAGCAACCGCCUUAUUUGCUACCGCCCCAUUCCUAGGCCCGUCUAUUGGCCCGAUUGUUGGUGGUUUUCUCGGUGUUGGAGGAGGUUGGCGAUGGGUUGAAGGUCUCAUGGCUUGCUUUACCGGAAUCCUCUGGAUCCUAUGCACUUUCCUCAUCCCUGAGACGUACGCCCCUAUCCUCCUCCGAAGACGGGCUGAGCAGCUGUCCAAGAUGACUGGCAAAGCCUACAUAUCCAAGAUGGAUGCCGGUAAACCUAAGAAGACCAUGGGCCGCGAAUUCAAGGUUGCCUUAUCUAGACCUUGGAUCCUAUUGUUCCGUGAACCUAUCGUUCUUCUGACCUCUCUAUAUAUGGCCAUCGUAUACGGAACCUUAUACAUGAUGUUCGCCGCGUUUCCUAUCGUCUACCAACAAUAUCGAGGGUGGUCUCCAGGUGUCGGCGGUCUUGCUUUCCUAGGUAUUGCUGUCGGGAUGUUAUUUUCGGUUGCUUACAGCGUUUACGACAACAAGCGAUACGCCAAGACUGCUGCAGCGCACCACGGCAACGCUCCGGCCGAAGCACGGCUGCCACCUGCCUUGAUCGGCUCUGUGCUACUCCCAAUAGGCCUAUUCUGGUUUGCGUGGACGAAUGGUCCUAAUAUCCAUUGGAUCGUAUCUAUCAUCGCUUCCGCAUUCUUCGCUUCCGGGCUUGUCCUGGUCUUCUUGAGUCUGAUGAACUAUCUGAUCGAUUCAUAUGUCAUCUACGCAGCAUCGGCCCUCGCCGCGAAUUCCGUUCUACGAUCGAUCUUCGGCGCCGCAUUCCCCUUAUUCACAACUGCCAUGUACAACAAUUUGGGCAUACACUGGGCCAGCUGUGUCCCGGCGUUUCUCGCCCUAGCCUGUCUACCCUUUCCAUUUUUGUUCUAUAAAUACGGCGGCGCCAUCCGAAUGAGAUGCAAGUUUGCCGCCGAGGCUGCUGAGGUCCUAGUCAGGAUGCGGACAGGGACUAACGAUGGUAGACAACCCCCAGGAGGAGGCCCGAAAGAAGGGCAGGAAAAGCAAGAAAAAGAAUAAAAAUUUAAAACAACUCAAUUCAUUUACUGACGACGGUCACGAUCUCGGGUAAUCUGGAUAAUGGAUAACAUGGGAUCUCGAUAGAAAACAAAGUGGUGAAUUUCGGGCGCAUUUCAAUGCAUAGCGGUCGUUGAUUUCCCGCCGCACAAUAUCUGGGCAACUUGGUAAUCACUUGGGUAUAAUGGGUGGUUACUUCUAGAUACCACAAGACACACAACUCUUGAAUACAUAUUUUCUAAUGUUUUGAUAUAAAGACGAUGUUGGCGCAUCUAUAGUAUCUCAUAUACGAUGCUCUUUGAAGCCUUGAUAGGUACUUAGGUAGGUAGGUAUAUAAGCGCAUGCUGUCCAUGGUUUGAAACUAAGAGCUAAAGCAAGGGUACGUAAAGG